CUUUGGCUAUCCAUCGAUACAAUCCUGUCAUCUAGUUAAACCUCAGGUUUCGUCAAAUCACAAAAUAUGGCUUCAUUUUUCGUGCUAACAACUGUAGCCAUAUUGGCUGGCGUUAAUGCCUAUGGAAUGAAAAAGAUGCCACCACCAAUGGAAAUGAUGCCAAUGAAGCCUAUGAUGCCAAUGGAAAUGAUGCCAAUGGAAAUGAUGGGCGGUAUGGGCGGUAAAGGUGGCAUGAUGGACAUGAUGCCAAUGGAAAUGAUGCCAAUGAAGCCUGAUAUGCCAAUGGAAAUGAUGGGCGGUAUGGGCGGCAAAGGUGGCAUGAUGGAAAUGAUGAAAAUGAAAGAAAUGAUGGACAUGAUGAAAAUGAAAGAUAUGAUGAAAAUGAAAGAAAUGAUGGAGAUGAAAGGAAAGAUGGAAAUGAUGCCAAAAAUGAUGGAAAUGAUGCCAAUGAAAAUGAUGGAAAUGAUGAAGCCAGAUAUGCCAAUGCCAAUGGGAAUGAUGGAGAUGAUGAAACCUGAAAUGCCAAUGCCAAUGAUGAUGAUGGACAUGAUGAAACCUGACAUGCCAAUGCCAAUGGAAAUGAUGAAAAUGAUGGAAAUGAUGAAACCUGAUAUGCCAAUGCCAAUGGAAAUGAUGAAAAUGAUGGACAUGAUGAAACCUGAUAUGCCAAUGCCAAUGAAAAUGAAAAUGAUGGAAAUGAUGAAGCCUGAUAUGCCAAUGCCAAUGAAAAUGAUGAAAAUGAUGGACAUGAUGAAACCAGAUAUGCCAAUGCCAAUGAAAAUGAUGGACAUGAUGAAACCAGAUAUGCCCAUGCCAAUGAAAAUGAAAAUGAUGGAAAUGAUGAAGCCUGAUAUGCCAAUGCCAAUGCCAAUGGGAAUGAUGGACAUGAUGAAACCAGAUAUGCCAAUGCCAAUGCCAAUGAUGGAAAUGAUGAAACCUGACAUGCCAAUGCCAAUGAAAAUGAUGAAAAUGAUGGACAUGAUGAAACCAGAUAUGCCAAUGCCAAUGCCAAUGCCAAUGAUGGACAUGAUGAAACCUAAUAUGCCAAUGCCAAUGAAAAUGAUGAAAAUGAUGGACAUGAUGAAACCUGAUAUGCCAAUGCCAAUGCCUAUGAAGAAAGGAUACUAAAACACGAUAUACAUACUGAUGAAUAUUUACAUAUUAUAUAAAUUUAAACAAAAAAGUAGUCUUCAAAUUGCAAA